AUUACUUUGAGAUGUCUUGGUAGCAAAUCUCUCUAUUUAUGUAUUUCAAUCAUUUGCUGGUGUUACUUGAGGACUGAUUUCGAGAGGAAUAUAAACUGGAGUUGAGUUUAAAUUAAUAUCUAAGAACACAUUACAUUACAAUACAAUAUGGAUAUUUUUGGCGAAAAUAAAACACAGAUGAACACCACUACUCCGACUGAAAACUGGACAUCUGUAUACUCUAUAGUUCGAUGGAUUCAAAUGACAAUGGCUGUCCUGAGCAUCUUAGGUGCUGGCUCCAUCAUCCUGUACGCAGCUUUUCAAAGACUAGUGAAGAAGCCAGAGGUUCUACCGCUGUUCCUGUUGAGUUUGACAGACCUGCUGUUAGCAUUGAGCUGGCUUUGUGGAGGACUGCUGUUCACCCAGUCCUGCAACUCUUACGCUACAUGCUACAACCUUCACAUUGUGGAACAGACGCUGUAUAUGGCCUCCUUCUUCUACACGCUGCACUAUGUUUGGGUGCUGUACACCGGCCUGAACGGGAAAUAUCACAGGAGACUCAAUGGAUUUCCAGCUGAGGCUGCAAGAACUAGAAACUGCAGAUGUCUGGGUCCAGUUCUGUCAUGUCUUCUUCCUUUACUGCUCACAGCUCCGGUGUUUGUGGCUGGAAAUGUGUUUCAGUGUUACACAAACUUCACUCAGCCGUACAGAUGCUUGCUGAUGCACACCGGAGCUGUUUAUCUCACUUCGUCUGCAUCGCCCGAGCUCACAGCAUGCAGCAUCAUUCAGGAAUAUUGCAUGGCCAUUUUCCUCGGCACCUUCCUCAUCACUAUCGUCGGCAUGUCGAUUUUCAUGGGUAAAGCGCGCUCUCUGUACAAGCGUGUUGUCACGUCUCAGGGGUUUUUUGGCGGCAGUCAUUGGACAACUCUGAGACUCCUGGAGCGACGAAUGGUGCUUUAUCCAUCGGCCUUCUUCUUCUGCUGGGGACCAGCAUUAUUACUGGCCACCAUGAUGUUGGUGAAACCGGACGUAAUAGAGGGAAAGAUGGGAGUCGCCCUCUACAUCCUACAGGCCUUCACGUCUGCGUCUCAGGGUCUGUUGAACUGCCUGGUUUACGGCUGGACGCAAAAGCACUUUCGCUCUCUGAGCAGCAGCACCGUACGAGACGCAAACACCCAGACUCCUCUGCUGCGCUCACAGAAACCAAACUACGCCGCUUUACACUCAGCUGCGUCUCUCACUAACUUUGUCUGAUGCACAGACGAGUAUGUACUUCCUUGCAUAAAGCACAGCCACUUGCAAUGCAUUCAAAGGUUUUUCCAGUGACUGCGUUUACAGGGAAUCGAACCCGUUGCGAGCGGCACAUUGAGCCACUGGAGAACAACUGACUCUCCUAGCAAAAUAUGCAUGCAAUCCUUCAUGCAGUGGUUGGACUUAAGGUCAGUUUGUGUUGCUGUUAUGUUUGAAACGCCAUUAAGGAUGUUCACAUGCAGUAAGGACUACUAAAUGAAAGCUGAGCGUUUGGUUUGUUUUAAGAUUUCAGGGUCUGGUUUGCAUGAAAGCCCUCAAAGGGUUAGUUCACCACGAUUUAAAUGCUCAAAUUUGUAUUAUGUUUGUUAUUAAAUCUUCAGAACCCAAUUUAAGAUAUUUUAGAUGACAUCCUGGAGCUCUCUCAUCCUCUAUAGACUGCAGUUGUAUGUCCGUAAACAUUGUCAGAGCAUUCAAUGUGACUUCAGUGGUUCAACUGUAAUCAUAUGAAGCUCCAAGAACACUUUUGCACACCAAAACACUAUAAAAACAACUUUGUGUGCCUAUAUCUUCUGUCCCGGGUCAGAUCAGGGUGUGCGUUUAUUAAGGGCAGUACGGGACUUGUGCGUUCCUCCCUCUCUCCAUGCCACCCUAAUGGCAAACAUAAUAGAAUGAAUAUUUCUCGGGUGAACUGUCCCUUUAAGUGUUUGUGCUCCUGCUGCUGGCUUUACUGUGAAGCCCAGUUUCAUCAUGAAGCCUUCUGCAGGCUGAAGAGUUUCAGAUCAGACGCACAAGUGACAUGUGAAACAGGGAAGAGUUUGAGAUGUAAAGCAGGGAAAGGCCGACGGGGAUUAUACACAUUAUACAGACAGUGGGAAACACCUCUGAAACAGGAUCUGAGAGGAACUGCUGCUGCUGAUUUACAGCCAAACAAUACAAGCGCUGUACUGUGGUCAACGUUGCAGAUAUCAGUUACUGUGAAAGAGAGCAUGAAAAAUCAGUUCCUCCUUCUCAGUCAGUGUUAAUGAUGAGUAUUAUUGUUAUUUUUGAGCAGGAAAAGACUCUUAUAUAUACUUUAUCAAGAUAGCAGCACUGAAUUAUGGGAGGAAAAUGUAGUCAUGGAAAUAUAAGGGAAAUAUUUGAUAAUUGUGAUUUCAAUGCUUGGAAUUUUACAUUAUGAAACAAAAUUGUGAAAUUAAAUGAUGAAAAUUAAUAUAUGAAGUAAAAAAGACUCUUAAGGGGAAGUUUA